GCUAGGCGCCGGGUGUGUGGGAGCCGAGCUCAGACCGAGCCGGGAGCCCCGGAGCGAGAGGCCGGGAGGCACCGGGGGCCGCGCAGCGCCAGGGCCGGCACCACGCGUGGGGGGAGGCCGAUCCCGGGUAGGGGCAGGGUGCUAGCCCCGGGAGGGCGAUCCAGGGGGCCCCGGCCCGGCCCUGGCAGGGGGAUCUCGGGGCUCUGGUCCUGGUCCCGGGAGGCUGAUCCGGGACACCGACUCCAUAGCAGGCAGGCUGUUGGGGAGCCCUGGUCCCGGCCCUGGCAGGAAGAGGCAAGGGGGCACCAGCACUGGCAUGGGGCACCCAAGGGGGGCACGUGUCCUAUUCCCGGGAGGGUGAUCCAGAGGGCACCAGUCCCAGCCCUGGCCGGAGGGCUGGGCACCAGUCCCAGCUCCGGGAGGCUGGUCAGUCCCAACCCUGACAGGGGAGACCCAGGGGGCGGACACUGGUCUUAGUCCCAGGAGGCCAAUCCGGGAGGCACCAGGUUAGCUGGUUGUCAUGUUCUCUGUGGGCUGCCCCGCUGGAGGCGGUGGCUCUUGUUCUCCCAGCAGCCCUUGGCCAUGAGAAUGGGCAGCGCAGGGUCCUCAGGCAGGGAGGAGCGGCUGCCAUCGGGUGCGGAGGAGCAGCUGAGUGGUGGGGAUCAGACACUGGAGCUGACCGGGCGGCACCUGAAGCGGCUGCCAGGCCCAGUGUGUGCCCUGGGCAGCCUGCAGAAGCUCUACAUCAGUGGCACUGGGUUGCGGGAGCUGCCCGAGGAGAUCGACGGACUGCGGGAGCUGCGCAUCCUGGCACUGGACUUCAACAAGCUGGAGGAGGUGCCUGAGGCAUUAUGCCGCCUGCCCCGUCUCACCCGCCUCUACCUGGGCAGCAACCGCCUCUUUGGCCUCCCUGCAGAAUUUGCCCAGCUCCAGACUCUGCGCUGCUUGUGGAUUGAGAACAACUACCUGUACCAUUUUCCUCGGGCCUUGCUCCAGAUGCCUGCACUGCAGUCCUUGCAGAUGGGUGACAAUCGACUCCGAGCACUGCCGGGCAGCCUGCCGCGUAUGACUGGCCUCCGGGGACUCUGGCUUUAUGGGAAUCGCUUUGAGGAGUUCCCACAGCCCCUGCUCCGCAUGUCCCAGCUCCAUAUCCUUGACCUGGACCGCAACAAGAUCAUCGACUUCCCAGACCUGGCCCACCUGAAGGGGUUACGGCUCUUUUCCUAUGACCAUAAUCCAGUUAAAGCACCACCCUGUGUGGCUGACACUGUCACCCUUGUGGGCGAUGGGGCCCAGGAGCUGAUGGAGGCCAGGGAGGAACGUCUCCAGAGCCUGCGGGAGCAGGAGGAGCAGGAUGAACAGGAGGAGAAUGGCUCAGAAGCCAUGCAGGGCACCCUGAGGAAUGACUCCUCUCUGCUAGAGGAUGCUGAAGGCAGUUUCUCUGCCCUGGAAUGCUCCCCAGAAGAAACAUGAGAAUGGGCACUACAACAACAUGGUUGCUGCUCAGAAAAUCUGGUGGACACUGGUGGGCUGGUAGAUCCGCUUCUGCGCUGCAAGGGGUGAGAGUUUGCAUGGACCAUCUCUGGCCAUGGGUAGCCACAGUCUCCCAACUAGAAUCAUGGGUUACUACCAGUCCAGGGAGUCAUUAUGUUCUUGCAUGAGACAGGAAAACCAUGAAUCAAAAGGGUUGCUGUUUCCUUGCUGGGACCACAGACAGCAAAGGGGAGCAUCAUCUAUCUGCAGGAGUGCUGGGCAAUCACUGCACCCCUGAGGCAUCCUGCAUAGCCACAGGAUGUGGGGGUUGGCAGGGUUGAAACCACAAUGCUGUUGUGUUGGAUAAUCCCAUUGGACCAGCUCUGUGGGAGGAUGGUCCCUGUUUGAGAUGGGCAUUGAUAAGAGCUGGCCUUCUCAGAACAGCCAGCCUGUGGUGGAAGCCUGGAAUUGAAAGGACUUUAAUGUGACAAUCUGUGGCUGUUUGGUUAGGUAUCUAUGAGUGAUCCCUGCUCCUAGCCAACCGGCCCAUUGCCACGGGACUCAGAUGCAAGACAGGAAAAAGCCAUGCUGUUUGGUUUGGUGGUUUUUUUUAAUUCCCUUGGACUCCACGCCCUGGAGGGCUACAGGGUUCGAGUCUGAACAGAAAAGCUUCUCACAUCCUAGAGAUUCCUAUUCUGCUACUGGAAUUAGACUCAGAGAGAAACGUCUCCCAAGCUGCUCCUUCCAGCUGUCAGCUUUGAAAAGAAGCUGAUAGGAAAGCCUUGUUUGUGCGCAGUGCUCGCUCUCUGGCCUGGAAAGGGUUUUUGCCUCCGCUCUUUGUAUGGUGGGAAAAGGAGCCCCGUGUGCUGCUUUGCAGGCUGCCUGGACUUUCCAUUCCCUUAAAUGGGCACAGAAGCAAAAGCUGGUAUGAACUGGGCCACCAGGAUUGUGUGCGUCUGGGGCAGUGGGGUGGCAGCAGCAGGACUCUUUCCAACUCUCCCUUUCCUCCUGGGGGUGGCAGGCUCAUUCUCAUUCCCCCAUGGGCUAGAUUUGUACCAAAUCUAAGCAAUAAAAAGUAGAAAACUGAGAAAAUCUGGUAGUGAGAGAAAGAGGCUCCCAGGCUGAUUCUCAGGGAGGCUGCUGCCAGGAUGGUUUAUUUGGAAAGAGUAUGUAAACAGACUAAUAUGGCCUGGGGAAAGGGAACUGGGUUCUCAAGCAUCUGUGUUAUUUUUAACAUUUUGGGGAAUCCUGUUUCCUCUCUCUGCCCGUUUCUGAACUGUACUGUCUUCUCUGCACUCUUCCUCACUCUACUCCAUCCCUCCCCCUGCCGCUAUCAUCUGUGACUCCCUCUGCAGUGUUACUCCUCCCUCACUUGGAGCUAGGUCCAUACCUCUGUCUGAGCUCCCCUCCUCACCUCUCUUUCCAUCUCCUCCCCUCCACACUUCCCUGGGCUGUGUUCACCCUCAGCCCAGCUUCAAUCUCAGUAACAUUAUUGGCAUGGCAAAGUAUACCAGUAUUGCCAAAGUUAAUACACUUUGUCAAAUCUCUGUGCCUUGGUCAGGAGUAACUGGGUUUUAUACCAUGUGGCCACUAUGAUCUAUUGUGAAUUUGCUGGCUGGGGGCCAGGUAGCAUUAAGACAUUUCCACUGUCUUUUUCCUUUCACUCAAAGUUAUGUCAUUUUUCUUCUUUGCUUUGCCGCAAAGAGUCUUGCUAUUUCUGAUCACUUGGAAAAGUCUCCUCUUCUUCUUUUGGAUCUCAUGCAGCAGAAUAAAAAGUGCCUGUCAGUUUCAAUCUCUCCUGUCACCGUGGGGUACAAAAUUGCCCAUCCCUGGGUUUCUAGUGGAAAGUGUCCUGGUUUUCGUUUUUGCUUUGGGAUCACUGCUUCAAUACUUGGUGAGAGCACAGCUCUGUUUUACACAUUGCCCUGUAGAUAGGGGGUCUGCUAGUGUGAAGAGAGCUAGAGCAAUCUAGCUGCUUGUGUUGGUGAUGUUCUCUAAUCCCAGUAGCUAACAUACUUUUCUUUUUUGGGGCUUCAUGCAGUGUCUGGAAGAAGGUGGGAAGAUGCUGCCUGUGUAAGAGUGGAGGGUGAUUUUAGCAGUGCUUAUGUCCCUUCCAGUGCAGCCUGUGUGCCAAUUGCUGUACUCCCCACUCCCCACCCAUAAAGAUCUAGCAGUAGUUUUAUCCGUGGGUUGAAGGUAGCCAGAGGAUUUUAAAGGUCUGUAGCACAUCCGGUAGCCCUUCCUGCUGCAUGACUGUGAGGCCAAGGUGUGGCUUGUUCAGAUGGGUUCUGCGGGUGUCUGCACAGUAACAUUUUAAUUUGCUUUGGGGCUUUAAGCCUGUGAUUUUUGGUCUUUUCUAGGCUGAUCUGACGGGGCCUGUGUGCUGCUGUAGCAGGUGUCUCUAUAGCAGGUUCAGGUGCCUUGGGUGGCGAUUAUUCUGCCCAGUACUGAUAACAGGAAGAGUAUGACUCGUGUCUCUCAGAACUGCUCGGUCCCUCUCUGCGUCAUUUUUGCUCCGGGGGAUGAAUUGGUCUGUGUGACUAGGGGAGGCCCAAACUGCAUGAUCUUGGUCCCGGAGCUGGCCCAUCUGCACCUGAAAACCACGUCCUCCCUCUCUGUUGUUCUGUCUGAGCCAUUGGGUAUCUCUUUCUGAGUCGUGCUCCCUCUGUCUCUAUUUCAGCGGUGUCCUCUCUCUCGGCCAUGUCCUCUCUCACUUGCUCGCUCCCACCUCAUUUGAAAAGCCCUUGUGGCACCUGAGGAUGUGCCAUCCCAGCUGCGUACCCUUGGUCAUGAGUAGAGAGGCUGAAAGAUCAGGCCAGGGAGCAGACACGGGCGGUGAGAGAGGCUGACUCAAGCUGCUGUUGGAAAAAUGGAUUCUAAUUGUGCUAUCGAAAUGAGGGCGGGUGGAGGGGAAGACAAUAACUCCUGACAGUUACAGCCCUUAGUGCUUCUCUGGCCCUUGUAUUUCAAAGGACUGUACUGAUCUGAGCUCCAGAGUUCUCCUGCCCCCAUGUGUUAGGGGUGUAUUGCCUGUUAUCCCUAUAGCACUCCGCAGUGAUCUCCUCUCUAAGCCCACUGCUGCUGCCUGCCCUGGCUAGCUUGGUGCACUGGGGCAUGCCUGCCUGAGGCUUAGCGCACACAUGGGUUUAUUAAGCUGGGUACACUGAAGCUAAACUGCUGCCUGGGAAGGGCCUUUUAUUGCUGAUUGUCCAGACUCCGAUGAAAUUGGUGGUGGGGAUUCCUGUACCUCUUAAAGGUGUUUUGUUUACCGAGAUCAGGAAUGUUGCUUGACUGGAGUAGUUAAUUCAUUUCCCCUCUUCCUCCUGGUUUGAGUCAUUUCUCUGCUCUCCUUCUCUUGAUCAGCUUCAAGUGGUUUUAUUAGGCUUCUUAAGGGAACAAUUUCAAAUGAUUUCCUUUGCCGUUUCUUAUAGUAACAUCUGGAGUCAGCAAGAGGCUGUCAGGUUAGGGGAGGGGAUUGAGACGCGAGUUACCUUCCUCCCCCUCUGCCAGAGGGGGACAUUGGACUGGCGACAGUUGCUGAGUCAGCCGAGGAAUCUGGUGUAUGUGUGGCAAGAAUGCAGGUACCCACAGGAACAUUGCUUGUGCUAAAGGCUGACUGGCCCUGAUUAUAAAUAAAUUAAUGGAGAUAUCCUAUGUCCUAGAACUGGAAGGGACCUUGAAAGGUCAUUGAGUCCAGCCCCCUGCCUUCACAAGCAGGACCAAGUACUGAUUUUGCCCUAGAUCCCUAAGUGGCCCCCUCAAGGAUUGAACUCACAACCCUGGGUUAUCCCUCCCCCCCCCAAAAGCACCUAGAACACCCACUAACAACUAUUGUCAUCACCUUCUUUUCAGGGGGGAAAUCCACCCCAUCCCCCAGCUCUGGAGUAUGCAGUACUCUGGCCAGCACUUAAGAAUCUAUUGCUUGAUGUGACCCCCAUUACAAUCUCCUGUGCUGUUCAGUGAUCAUGCAGAGCCAGGAAGUCUGACUGAGCAUGAAGUCUAAAUCCUACUGCCCAUUUGUGAAGGUGGAGUGAAUUUCUACUGUCCUGCUCCAGCUGAUCAGAGCAGUGAGUCUAUCCCAUCUGGUAUUUCACCUCCUUGAGGCAUCAGAGCAGAUCAGUGAUCAGCUGGGCCAAUAUCCCUCCUCCUUGUUAUAGUAUAAUAGACCUGUGGUCUGUCUAUUCUGGUAUCCUGCCUCUGGCAGUAGCCAGUAUGCUCCCCUGCAUGAUACAUCUAAUUGUGCAAUACCAUAGCAAGGCAGUAGGGGGCGAUAAUGUUUCCUGAUCCCAGACGGGGAUCAGCUUUCACUGAAGCAUAAGAACCUGUGGAUCUCUCUGAACUCUUUUCCCCCAUAACAUCCUGCAGCAGUGAGUUUCACAAGUUACUUGUUGGAACAGUCCAAAGACUGUUUCUGUGGAACAGUCCAAAGACUUCAGACCAAAGGUUUACAUUUUUUAUUUUAAAAACAGUCAGCGUUGCAAGACGUUUUAACUAAAGCUGGUCAAAAAAUGUUCAGAUGAGACAGUUUUCUCAAAACUUUCUGCGGGAGCUUAGGGAUUUUGACAAAAUGUUGUUAAGAAAUAAAAGUGGAAUUGAAGUGUUUUGUCAAAGUGAAGGUCAAAGUGGAAUGUUUUGACCUUAUUGAAAUGGAACAUUUUGAUUUUUCAUUUUGAAAUGACUUUAUUUAGAAAUUUAUUUUGUAUUAUAUCAUUAACAUAUAAACUCUUUCAAAAGUCAAAAUCUGAACGAAAUGUUUUGUUUGACCUGCAACUAAAUUUUUUUGAAAAUUUCAUUUCAUGGGAAAUUUCACAUUGUUUUGUUUUCAUGUUGGUGUGGUGCAAAACCAAAUUUUGAAAUGUUGGAAUUUCCUGCAGAAUAAAAAGGCGGCGUUUCAACCAGCUUUAAUUGUAA